AUGUUCAAAACGGCUAAAUCUCGUCUCACCAAUGCUCGAAACGCCUUGAAAGGAGCCGUCACAGGAUCUCAAUCGGUGCUCGCACCGAUCGCCACGCCAUCGACGGAUCAAAAUGAGAACAUGGACUAUCUCAUGAACGAAAAAACAGCAAUCGAAGCCACAAGAGCGAAGAUUCAAUCACUGAAGGAUUGCGUCAACGAAUCAAUGGAGAAGCUGCAUGUGGCAUUCGAAAUGCUGGAGGAUACGAAACAAGAAGCAGAGUUGGACUCCUUCGAAGAGAUCCUCCAAUUGGCAGCAGAACAGACGAACGAAGCAGAUCAAUUCUGCGCAGAUCUCAUCGGUAAGAGAGCAGCAGUAGAACAACUCGUGAAGGAUCUUCGAUCAACCGUGUUUCACUCAACACGAAACGAAACAAGGAGCAACGCACUGGACCAAUCGUACCAUUCUACACCGACUACUCCAGCAAUCGCUCCGAUAAUGCCGCCGUAUCUACCGCGAUUGGAAAUACCCAAGUUCGCGGGAAAGAAAUCGGAAUGGGAGAACUUCUGGACCAUAUUCUCUUCAAAUAUCCACGAGCAGGAUAUCAGCCCUAUGCUGAAAUUCAACUACUUAUGGCAGUAUUUGGAAGGACCUGCUCGAGAACUCGUCUCGAGGUACCAGGUAUCUGCAGAGAACUAUCCGGAAGCCAUUGCCUGUCUCCAGAAAAAAUACGGCGAUAGCGAUUCGAGAAUUGAAGAUCUUCUAGCAGAUCUGCAACGAUGCAAGGCGGAAAAAAGAGACACAAAGUCUCAAAUCCAACUACUAGAGAAAAUUACAGCAACGAUGAGUCAACUAGCCAUAAAUGGCCAAGAAGUUGACCAGCGCAUCCUGCUGAACAUCAUCUUUAGCAAGUUCGAUGAAGGAUAUCCAGACGCGGACACUUGA